AUGACUUCCAUUAAGAUUGGGCAUGCUUUUGCCAAAGCUCUUGGCAUCAAACUCAAUCAAGGCAAAGAGCUUGACAACGAGAUCCGCCAAGGCCAUCCUGUAUUCUCUACCCGGGUUGCCGAUGCAUACGUGGAGGACGAACUUCGAUCUAGCCAGUGGGUGAAAGAGACUCUACCAAGCACGCAAGACUUGGUGGAGUAUUGUCGGUCUCUAUUCCCAUUUCUAGGUUGGAUUGGUCACUACAAUCUCCAGUGGUUAGUUGGCGAUGUUGUCGCUGGUGUUACCAUCGGAGCAGUGAUUGUCCCACAAAGUAUGGCCUAUGCUGUCUUGGCAGAUCUCCCAGUCCAGUUUGGGCUCUAUUCUUCCUUCAUAGGUGCUUUGAUCUAUUGGCUCAUGGGCACAUCCAAAGAUAUAAACAUUGGUCCAGUCGGGGUUGCCUCAACAGUGGUUGGAAAGAUGGUUGCCACAGCUGCUAAAACUCAUCCGAAUGUCCCCGGCCAUGUCGUUGCUUCAGCUUUGGCAGUCGUAGCUGGCUGUAUUAUGACUUUGAUCGGCCUUAUUAGAGCUGGCUGGCUUGUCAACCUGAUACCUCUUGUGUCUAUAUCGGCAUUCAUGACUGGUUCUGCAUUCAGUAUCGCCACUCUUCAACUCGGCAACCUAAUGGGCAUUUCUGGUAUUGAACAUGAUGGUGCUACUUACCACAUCUUCAUAGAAGUAAUGAAAGGUCUAUCGAGGAUAAAGUUAGACGCAGCGAUUGGCUUCACUGCUCUAUUCCUGCUGUACUCGAUCAGAUGGGGAUGCAGGCACGCAGCGCAAAGAUUUCCUCGGCAAAGCAAACUACUAUUCUUCAUCUCAACACUUCGAAUCGUCUUUGUUAUCCUAUUGUAUACUCUUGUUAGUUGGUUGGUAAACAAAGAUCACCACAAGCACCCCCUAUUCAAGAUCAUAUCAGCAUUUCCAAGAGGAUUCCAAGCUGCUGGCGUCCCUUGGGUUGAUGCAUCGAUGAUCAAGAUCUUCAUCGGCGACCUCCCUGCUACAGUGAUUGUUCUGAUGCUUGAACACAUCUCAAUAGCGAAAUCGUUUGGUCGAGUCAACGGCUACACAAUCAACCCCUCCCAAGAAAUGGUUGCUACCGGAGUAACGAAUAUUGUUGGGCCAUUCCUUGGGGCAUACCCAGUGACAGGGUCAUUCUGCAGAAGCGCAGUCAACUCCAAGGCUGGAGUAAGAACUCCUCUUGGAGGCAUUGUCACUGCUAUGGUCGUUCUCUUGGCGAUUUACGCACUUCCUGCCGUGUUCUUUUUUGUCCCAAAGGCUGCAUUGUCUGCUGUGAUUAUUCAUGCUAUCAUGGACCUCGUCACAUCACCAAAUACUGUGUAUCAAUUUUGGAAAGUAUCGCCCCUAGACGUACCAAUAUUCUUUGUCGGAGUAUUCAUGUCAAUAUUUUCUUCCAUCGAGAACGGGAUUUACUCGACGAUAUGUAUAUCGCUCUUCCUCGCCCUUUUCCGGAUCAUAAAGGCAAAAGGCCGCUUUCUAGGAAAGGUCAUAGUUCAUUCAGUUUCCGGAGACUCUCUCUUGGCCACAGAACUCAAGCCGCUUACUCUCCCUGAUAGUGCACUAUCGACCACUAUCAGGUCUGGAGCGGCAUUUGACGAGCACCCAUCUCGAAGCGUCUUCAUGCCUAUGGACCACGCCGAUGGUACUAAUCCCGAAAUCGAGGUCCUCAGCCCUUACCCAGGGAUCGUCAUAUAUCGAUUCUGCGAAGGUUUCAGCUAUCUGAAUGCAAACAGCUGCUUAGACCAAUUGACCCAUCACAUAUUUGCCACAACACGCCGCACAAACCCUAACCACUAUUUAAGGCCUGGAGAUCGACCAUGGAGUGAUCCCGGACCUCUUCGAGGAGAAACCAAUGGAAACGAUUGCCAUUCCGCUCGGCCAAUCCUGAAAGCGAUUAUUCUAGACUUCAGCUCAGUGAACAAUGUCGACGUUACAUCUAUCCAACAACUCAUCGAUGUCCGCAAUCAACUGGAUCAAUAUGCUUCACCACUCGCAAUAGAUUGGCAUUUCUCCUCUAUCCAUAACAAGUGCACCAAGCGUGCUCUAGUGGCAGCCGGAUUUGGAUACCCAACGGCCAUUGGCGACACGGCUCAUCAGUGGCAACCAAUUUUCAGCAUUGCUGAAGUCGGAGGCUCGGAGUCCACGAUCGUUCUGACAGAGUCAGAUCGUGACGAAAAGGUCACUGUGGAACAAUGCGAGAAAAGCAUAGGAUAUGUUUCGCAGCAAAGUGUGGAUUGUCCGGUUACCUCGAUGUCAACUACCAAACUCGGCGACGUUAAAACCACCAGUAUCAGUAGAGCGGUAGUUGUGAAUGGGCUGAACAGACCGCUGUUUCACAUCGAUUUGACGAGUGCGUUGCAGAGUGCAGUUACGAUUGCCAGGGCAAGGGAAGACUUUGAAGCUAGAGGCGGCCUGGGUACAGGUGGAGAACCAUGA